UGGUUAGAGCAGGGUAGGCGAGGGUAUCAGAAUUCCCAGCUCUUCCACUGAUUCCCGCGGAGCCCCAGAGUAGAUCACGUCCCCGCCCUGUGACCAGAGCUCUCCUCCGCCAUUGGGCUGGGGAGUUGCAAAGGGUUAAUUUGGGCCACCUGGUGUGGACAGUGGCCCAGGACUAACCCGCCCACCCCCCAUAGCUGAGACCCCCGCAGUUUCCCAAAGGCGCCGCGAGGGGCGGGGGGUGCAAACGUUGGCCUGGCAGGGUGAGCUCUGGGCCAGGGCUGGUUUCCAGUAAACAACCAACUCGGGUGGUGUCCGGUGUCUGGAGCGCUGGCGAGUGACCGCGUGGGGCGGAUAUAGCCCCUGACGACGCAGCUCGGAAAUAGCAGCAGGGAAGCUAUAUAAACCCUGGCCCGGGCGGCCAAGUGCCAGGGCUCAGACACGCAGCCGGACUCUCGCACACACAGCCGGGCUCACACACAGAGCCAGGCUCACACACACGCACAGCCGGGCUCACACACAGAGCCAGGCUCACACACACACGCACAGCCAGGCUCAUCGCCCCCCCCAAGCCAGGCGUCCCGCAGGGCGAGGAUGUUCGGCAAGAGCGUGGUGCUGCGCAGUGCGGGGGUGCUGGCGGCGGCCGAGCUGGGCUGCCUGGUGCAGGAGGAGGACGUGCUGCGGCACGAAUCCUUCACGGCCGAAUGGAGGGACCUGUCGCUCUCCACCAGGCCCGAGGAGCGCUGCUCCCUGCGGGAGGCGGACGAUCGGCGCAAGGAGACGUACUGGCAGCAGCAGGAGACGCGCUUCGUGGUGCAGCGAUCGCCCUGGCUCAUCCUGCGGCUGGGCCGGCUGGGCGAGCCCCUGGCCCGCUACCACCUGCCCUACCAGCGGGCGCUGCCCCUGCCCCUCUUCGUGCCGGCCGACCUGAGCGCCAAGGCCGAGCGGGGAGCCACCCCGCCCCAGCUGCGCCGCAUGAUGGACUUCGAGACGGCGCUGGCCGGGGGCUCCCCGCCCAACGGGCAGUGCCGGGACAAGAAGGCCGUGGCGGAGAUCACCAAGGAGCUGCCCCCCGUCGUCCAGCCCAGCCGGCCCGACUUCGGCAAGGGUGACCUCCCCCGCUCCCUGUCCCGCUCCCUGUCCCAGGAGGCGCAGAGGGGCUGAGGGGCCGGGGCACGGACCUGCCCGUAGGGCUCUGCGUUCCCAGCUCACGGCUCCCCCUGCAUGAGAAAUACCCACGGUGAGCCGGGCAACGCAGGGUUACUGUAGAGGCCCAUCCCCGGGCCAAAGCCAUCCCGGGCGUAAGCUCAGCGAGGUUACGCCGUGGCUGCAUGUGGCUUUUCGAGUUAGACUGUGAGCUCUGUGGGGCCGGGACCAUGGAUUCGUACAGCACCAUGCAUGCUGAUGGGGCUGCAAUUGGAACUCUGUCGCUUUAAGAACGGCCUUCCCGGCUGAGCUGUCAAUCAGCUGUCAGCAAGGCUGUCACAGCAGCUGAUGAUCUUUGGGUCUAACAGCACAGUGGGGGGAGGGAGUGUGGGCUAAUGGUUAGAGCAGUCAGGGGCAGGGAGCCAGGACUCCUGGGUUCUAGCCCCAGCUCCGGCAGAGGAGUGUUGGCUAAUAGGUAGAGAAAUGGGGGGAGCUGGGAGCCAGGACUCCUGGGUUCUAGUCCCAGCUCUGGCAGAGGAGCGUUGGGUAGAGGGAGCUGGGAGCCAGGACUCCUGGGUUCUAUUCCCAGCUCCAGGAGGGGCGUGUGGGCUAGUGGUUAAUGCAAGUGACUGGGAGUGGAGAGAGCGGGGUCCUGUCCCUAGCCCGGGGAGGACCAGUGAUUAAGUGGAGACGAGGGCAGACCCGGAGGUUGCAGUUGCUGGCAGGGGGGAAGCACAAGGCGAUGCUCAGCCAGCCGGCGCUGCAGGAGAAGGAUUAGUGCAUGCGGGGGACGAGUGGCUCCCCCGAGACGUCAGGACAGGGGUGACCCCGGGAGCUCAUUUGCAUCCUCAAUCCCCUGGGCUGAUAUUCUGGGGCAAGGAAUUGACUGUCAGCGUCCCCGUGCUGGGGCACUCGGUGUAUGAGGCUGUCGGGGUAAUAAAAGGAGUA